CGCGGCCCCUGACCGCCACCCAGUCGGCCCCGUGCUAGCCCCUAGAAAGAGAGUGCGAGUGGGGUGUGACUUUUCUCGGUUGGUCGGAGACUCGACAGCGGCGUCCACGCAGACCCAGACAUAGACCCAGACACAGACGCACGAGGGCCAGCCGCCUUUGCACGCAUCGACUCCAAGAUGUUCGGUCGACGAUUCGAGCCGCCGCUACACAAGAGCUUCUCGAAGAGCCAAAAGCUCAACAAGUCCAGCUCGUCCUUCAGCAAGACCCAUGGCGUGUCCAAGAACCGCCACGAGCCACGUCCGCAUCGUCGACCGGCGACGGCCACGUCGUCACAGUCUCCCCACGAGAAUGCUCUAUCGCCAACUGGCAGCCUAACGCCCUCGAUCGUGACCCUCGUCGUGGGCAAGGACCAGCGGAUCUUCGCCGCGCACGAGGACGUGCUCCGUGCGUCACCGUGGUUCCAGCAGGCGCUGGCGGAGCAGUUCAUGGCGGCGACAGACCUGCAGGGCGGCAAGCGCGUCUACCUGCCCGAUGAGGAGCCCGAGAUCUUCUCGUCCGUGCUCGAGUACCUCUACAAGGGCGACUACUACCCGCGGCUCGUGCACAACCGCCGCCGCAACUCGUGGGAGAUCGAGCGUCCGGCCGAGGGCGAGGAGGGCGGCGGCGGCGAGUCGACCAUCUACCAUCACGCCGCCGACGGUGAUAUCCUCAAGGACACCAUCGUGUACUGCGCUGCCGAGAAGUACGGCCUCGAGGAGCUGAAGCGGGUCUCCCUGCGCAAGCAAGGUCUCCAGUCGGGCAUCCAAUGCAGCACAAUCUUAGCGUCGGCACGGUACGCGUACGCACACACGCCCGACACGGACUCGAAGCUGCGGGCGCACUACCUGGCGCUCAUCAUCCGCAGCCGCAGCACCUUCAAGCGCAGUGGCACGAUGCAGCUUGAGAUGUUCAACGGUGGCACCCAACUCUUCUUCGACCUCUUCGUCGCCCUCUGCAACCACGUCGACGACAUUUCGGGCAGCGCUCAGAACACGCCGCGCAGCGACCGCCGCUUCUUUUGAGCGGGCGGGCGGACAGGUCGGCGGUUUCCCGGCCCCUUUGUGGUAUUCCGCUGUAUUUCCGCUUCUCCUCGGCUCUCUAUUUUUUCAUCUA